GCCACAUGGGGGCGAUAGUGAUGAACUUGGCAACAACACAGUAGAUCAGUUGUGAGGAAUGAGGACUAAAUGUUAUCACUUUGGAAAUGUUAUUUUAGCUAACUCGCUUUAGUACUUUUCCCGCCGACUCGCGUCUUGGCUUUAAAAUAGCGACCCGGCACCGACUUUGUUCCAUCACACUGCGGCACCUUGCUGGCGGGUCGCCUGCCUCUUUCAGGCCGCUUGUUGACGUUGAGCAAAGCCAAAAGACACCACUUCCCCAUCCCUUGACUGCAGUUCCUAGCGGUGUCCAUGUUGCCUUGAAGUGACUAGAACUGUUGUGCUAUACAGAGUCCCAGUCCCUCAUCAUGACCAAAGACAUAGUGCUUGGAGAUGAAUUACCCGACUGGGUGGGCGCUAAAGAGUUUUACCAAAAGUAUGACCCCAAAGAGGUGAUUGGCAGGGGUGUGAGCAGCGUGGUGCGGCGAUGCGUGCACAGACACACGGGACAGGAGCUGGCUGUCAAGAUCAUCGAGAUCACGGCAGAGAAGAUGACCAUCCAGCAGCUGGAGGAGGUGAAGACGUCCACGCUGAAGGAGAUCCAAGUCCUCAACAUGGUGAAGGGCCACUCCUCAAUCAUUACUCUUAUUGAUUCCUACGAGUCUGCAACCUUCAUCUUCCUGGUGUUUGACCUCAUGAGGCGAGGGGAGCUGUUUGACUACCUCACAGAAAAAGUUACACUCAGCGAGAAAGAAACAAGGAGCAUGAUGCGAGCUCUUCUAGAAGCAGUACAGUACCUUCACUCUCUCCACAUCAUCCACCGUGAUCUGAAACCUGAGAACAUUCUGCUGGACGACCAGGGACACAUCAAACUGUCCGACUUUGGGUUCUCGGUGCAGCUUCAGCCUGGAGAGAAAUUGCGAGAGCUUUGUGGAACACCGGGUUAUUUGGCUCCCGAAAUACUUAAGUGCUCCAUGGAUGAAAUGCACCCGGGCUACGGAAAAGAAGUUGAUUUGUGGGCAUGUGGCGUGAUCCUUUUUACCUUACUGGCUGGCUCGCCGCCCUUCUGGCACCGCAAACAGAUGCUGAUGCUGAGGAUGAUCACGGAGGGAAGAUACAAGUUCAACUCGCCCGAGUGGGACGACCGCUCUGACACUGUGAAGGAUCUGAUCUCCAGGCUGAUGGUAGUCGAUCCCGCUGUGCGUCUCAGUGCAGAGCAAGCCUUAGCACAUCCUUUCUUCAGGCAAUACCAGAAGGAUCAGGUGCGACUUUUCAGCCCCAGAAAGACAUUCAAGGUGUUGAUUGUCACCGUGAUGGCUUGCAUCAGGAUGUACAGUCGCUACCGCAGGGCUCGACCUUUGACCCGAGAUGUCUUGGCCAGAGACCCAUAUUCCCUCCGCGGCGUCCGCAAGCUCAUCGACGGCUGCGCCUUCCGCAUUUACGGCCACUGGGUGAAGAAAGGGGAGCAGCAGAACCGAGCGGCGCUCUUUCAGAACACGGCAAAGAUAAUGCUGCUGGACCUGGAGGACUUUGAAACAUAAACCUCAUUCCUGUUCCAAUGUGUUUUAAUUGGUGCUGUAUUUCAUUUUAAGAAGAGUUCAGGAAUGGAUGCCUUACUGUAUGCUGUCUUUGAAAAAGAGCAUGCACAUCUUAACAUUAAUAAAUCCUGUUUUCAACUCUUCAUGUCACGUUUGCAUUUCAGGUCAUGUUGUAUUGCCCUUGUUUAUCUGGGAUCAUUUUAUUAUCAAAUCACUUAGAAUAAUUGACAUUCUCAAAAAAUAUUUUGUUCUAGUUGUAUGAGUCUGUACUGGAAAACUAAAAGAGUGACAUAUUUAACUACAUUAUUGUAGUUGCAUGUUUAUGGGGAUGAAUCUCCAUGUUUCUUGAAUACGAAACCAACUUGUUUGUAUAUUUCCUGUGAACUCAUUCCAUUUCCAUGAUAUUCUCAGCAGAAAAGAAGAUUUGAUUGAUGAUAAUAAACGUGCAUUUAUGUUUGA